GUAGAUAUGAGUGCGGCGCUGCCCCCCGUGCCCGAUUUAAUUCCCAUCUCGGCGCUGCGGAAGGGCAGCAAUCGUUCAAAUAGCGCGAGCAGUGAUUACAGCGGUAACUACACGCCCAGUAACAAUGGCACCUAUUACGGCGAUGACAGCGCUGACGGCGCCGAUAGUAUCGAUGGGGUCGGCGCGCUUGUGAAUAACAACAACGAUAGUGACUGUGAAGAGGACGUGCAGGUGAAGGAGCGCGCCCCCUGCGGCUCGACCCAGUGCUCCGGAGAGGUUAUGGGAGAGCAGCGCUCGCGGCGGACGAAGCAACCAACGGCGGCGGAGGUGAUCGAUACGCCGCGGUCACGUGGUAGGGACGGCGCCGCCCCGGGAGCGUCCCGGAAAACCGAGCGGCAUCGUAAAUCAGACAGGAGACGUGAUCGCGAUCGGGAUCGGGAACGUCGUAAACGUUCGAACUCGUCCAAACGCCUCCACCACAACAACGCCGCCGCCGCCGCCUCCGACUCGUCGCAUGCACAUAAUCAUCAUAAUCACCACCACCACGCGUACACGUCGACGUCUUCGUCGUCGUGCAGUGAUACCACUUCCUCGUCGCCGAGAGUGAAUCCGAUAUUCGUGUGGGUCCGGCAAAAAGACACUCACAUCGUGGAAGUUAAAUGCGAAGAUUACGACAAGCGGAAUCGGAUUCUGCUUACAAAGACAGCGCAGGGAUGGCGGGCCAUCCCGCGCACCGAGACGCUGGCACCCGUUCUCCAGAAGGAUGACGCUUCCGGUCGCUAUUGCAAGAAGUCCAAGCGGCGCAGUAACAGCAGGCCGAAACGGAAGUCCUUCGGCGUACAGGUGGACGAGAACGAGCUGCAGCCGCAUCCCGAUGCCACAUGGAGCGCGGACGAUUCGGAAGUGACGAGUGAACCGCCUACGCAGCAGGAUUGCUCGCCGCCGCAUUUGUUGCCGGAGGCGGAUGUAAACAAUCGGGAGUGUAGUGCCAGUGCUGUCAGUGUGGAUACUAGUGGAUGUGCCAGUGCGCAGGAUGAUUGUCAAAACAACAUUUCGCCGCUGGACAAUUUACUCGCAGUCGCCGAACUCGAGUUCAACCAGCAAAUCGAAGCAGAGCGCUGGGAGACGACGAACAGCAAGUCGAAUGAGCAGGAAGAUUUCGACAUGUUUAUCGAGUCCUGCAAUGCUUCCACUACUAACGGAGACAAGAUAAACGACGAGGAAGAUUGCGAAAUUGACUAUAACGACGACGAUGACAAUAAUCUAGCCAUGGAUGAUAUUCUCAGCAGGUUGGAGCAGUCAUUGCAGAGUCCUGACAACUUACACUCCGACAUCGACAGCAUCAUAAAACAGGACUUGGAAACAAUUGCAAAUGAUGACAACCAACAAGUUGAAUUGAACAGUCCGCAGGUUAUUCAAGACGAGGAUGCGCUGAUUGAACCGCCUGAGACACCCGCCGACUGUAAGCCGGAAGUGGAAUGCCUCCAUGUACUCAAAGAGGAAGAGGAUGUAGAAGAAAUUGAAGCUAAACCGCAGAUAGAUACAAUUGAAAUAAUAGAAGCAGUCAAUCAGGCAUCUCUGGCGUCUCCAGAGGUAGAUUUGUCUCAAGCGCCGGAAGUGGAAAUCCCGGAAGAAGUUGCCAUCCCAGAAGAACCUGAAUCAACGGAGGAAACGCCGACUGAUUUGAGAGUACACACUACAAAAGCCUGUGAUACUGACGAGGACCUAAUUCCGACAGACCUGAGCAUACCGAAGUGUCAGUCUUCGCCACAGUCAAAAAGACCCGCAUCGCAAAACUCGGAGACGAUACAAUCACCACAACCGAGUGGAAUUCCAGCCGUUCCACCAUCCCCGGACCUGUACAGUGCCAAUAAAAACAAUGCCCAAUCCAAUAGCAAGUCCAAUAUUUACUUAGAAUCGUUGCUUUCCCCUACCAAAGAUGCUAUUGUGUUACCAGAAAAGGAACCCUUGGAUCUGGGAAAACUCAGAGAGUCAGAUAGUCCAAAAGUGACGUGCUCGCAAGAGGAACCACCCUCUAAAAAAAUAAAACUCGAGGAUAUUACGUUGAAGACCCUUCUAGAUACAGAGACCGGAAAAGACGAAAAGCCUCAACAAACUGUGCACUCGGUUACAAAUAACAAGGCCAGUAAUAAUAAUAAUAAAAAUAACAAUAAUAACGCAAUAGACACCCCGCGGUUGCUAGAAUUGCUGACGCAGGAAGAAGAGGAAAUGGACCCCGUUGCGCAACUGAAACAGGUAUUAAGUAAUAAUACGUUCAACAUUCCGGAUCCGAUGUUAAUUCCCAAGGAUAGAUUGAGCCAAAUUUUGUCUGCUCCCGCCAAAGAAAUACCAAAGCUGCUGAAGCAACGACCAGAAUUACGCUUGCCGGAAGCACUUGCUUUCCCUCAUCUGCUUCAAGAUCCCGACAUUCUGGUGAUUACUCUAUCACAGUUAAAGCUCAUUGUUGAAAAGCAAAGUCAGUCUUUGCCAGUUGUUGAGAAAGAAAAGUUUGUUGCGGAAAAGGAGAAAGAGAAGCCACUCGCCGAGCGGGAGAGGCAUAAACUUAUUUCGAUUCCGGAACCGCGAAAGUCGUUGACACCAUCGAAAGAAAAACCACCAGUUGCUAGUAUGCCUAAUAAGGAAAUUCGGGACGCCAUUAAAGAGAAAGAAACCUCGAAAAAGUCGAAGAUUUCUGAAUUAUCAAGCGACAUUGACGCGGCGACAAAUGCAGCUUUUUCACAAAUGAUGUGGUUACCUUACUUGAAUCAAAUGGAAGCGAUGAAUAAUCCAGAAUUCCUGAAAUUUCUGAGCACCAUGAUGCCGGGUUAUGUCCCCCCGGAUAUGUCGCAUAUGAUGCGCCCUUUCCCACCACCUGCGUUUCCGCUUCCACAAACGGCGCUCAACUACAAUCCUCUCGAAUUAUCUAUGUGGCAAGAAAGCAUGUUGCAACAGGCGCGGACGAAAAACCAAAUAGAUUUUCUCAACUCGCAGAAAAUGAUGAGCAAAAACGCAAUGAGCACCAACAGCAGUCCAAGUCCAAUGAACAGCUUGCAUAGCUCGUAUCAACAUCAAUUUCAACAACCGAACGUGCCCAGGUCGUUGCCGCAGCAAUAUCAGCCGCCGUCGACGAAUCAUCAAACGCCGAAGUAUCCGAGUAAGAGUAAAUCCUCGACGAGUUAUCAGCAAUCGAAGCAGAACACAUAUCAUCAUCAGAGCCAUCCUUCGCAUCAUCGAGACGCAUCUCAGCGGAAAUACGAUAAUGAAAAGCUGCUACAACAGCAGAUUCAGCAGCAACAACAACAAUUGCAAUUACAGCGGCAGAAGCAACAACAGGCACAACAAGCAGAAUUGCACCGCCAGGAAUUUCUCAAACAACAAGAGUUGUUAAAGCAACAGCAGGAAAUGUACCACAAACCGAAAGUGGCGUGCAAGCCGUUUGCCAAUUUGGUGCAACCGCAUUUACAGCUGGGUCUAUUUCCUGGCUUAAGCACACCGCCAUCACCAAUGCAGCAGCAGCUGAAUCAUCAGCAGCAAAUUGAUCAAUACAGGAUAUUCCAGCAACAACAGCAGCAGUUUUUACAACAACAACAACAACAACAGCAGCAACAUUCGCAUCAACAACAACCGCAUCCGCUGCACGAAAAACGAAACAGGGUAUCGCAAGGACCAAUCGAUUUAUCUGGCGGUCCACCGACAGGCAAGCUCAAAGUAAAACAACCGCAGCAUCUAGUUGAUCCGAAGAAUGCUGCACGUUUGUUGAAAUACGAUGACAUCGCCGAAGUGGGCAGUACAACUAGUAGCAUCGACGAGAUGCAAGAAGCGCAAAAACAUCUUUGGCAUCCAUUAUUUGGCAACCAAAAAAGCUACACGAGUCCGUGGAACUGGACGACGGUGACGGCCGCAGGAGAAUAACAGCGACAACAGCCUCCGACUCAGUGGAGGCAACAGGCGCUGCCAACCAUGGUCACACCACCCAGACAGUCCGUAUCCGUAGGUCCACUCUCACAAGACCCGCCGGCGAACAAGAACAUGGACCUUUUCUCCGGCUUCGACUUUGAUUUCUUGUCAAAAUGAAAACCGACUAUAGAAUCCCAAUGGCGUCAAUCGGUACGAACUCUUUUAGAUGCUCACAAAUCCUGACAAAGAAGGUAAAACACGAAUUGCCGUGGUGCGGGAUGUUGAAUGAAAAGAAAACGACACCCCAUUGCCGUCUGGGAGACGCGAGACGACCCUCAACGCGGAUGGAUGAGUUAAAAGCGACGAUUCCCGAAGCGUUGUCUAAAAAACGGGCAGCUUCGUAAUAAAAAUAAAAAAGGCUGCGUGUGCUCGCUACGUCUCCACUCCACUUCCGCGCGCUCGGCCAGUUCCGAAUGUGAAGAAAAAUCGAUAGAAGAGCGAGUGCUGUAAUACGUCAGACGGACGUACGACGAAGCCGAAGUGCAGGGGGUAGGAGAACGCGAACCAGGUCUCGCGAGGUCACCGCUUCCCAUUCGGAUCCGCAUUUGUUCGUCGGUCGCGUUUCUGUGCUGCGCGCACAAAAUUUAAUAAAAAAAAAGGCGAAACACGUCAAAUCAUACAAACGGAGGCAGCGCGCACACUGAGGUACACGACGAGCGGAUCGGAAACGAAACACAAGGCGACGAGCACUCGAGUGUUAGCGCGCGCGCACGCUCGUAAUUGAAUGACGGAAAUUGAAUUAAUUUGUUGCCGGGGCGAAAAGAAGUCUUUCUUUAAAUAUCUAAUGCUAAACGCAAUUAACGAUAUAUGUGAAGUGUGCAAACGAGUCUGCGCGGCCGGAAAUCGAUGUCUGAUGAAAUUAAUGUUUCCCAAAUAAUAUUACUACACAGUGUUUGAUAAAUCAACAACAAAACAAUCGAAAACAUUUUAAAACACGGCCAAAUAAAACCGAUUGGAACUUUGUCGUUGACAAAAACAUAGUAUUAGGCACUAAAGAUAAAAAAAUAACGUGUACCGCUGCCCACUUUCAUUAUCUGUACCUACACAAAGCUGACAUUACGAUCGCAUGUAAACAUGUAAAAAAUGAUAAAACACAGAAAACGCGGAAAGAAAACAAAUAAAAAUGUUCCUCGCUGUACAUAUAGUUAAAAUUAAUUGUACAUGUAUUGAUAAGACAUUUGACAAAUGAAUGCUCAUUGUAUCUGCAUAAUAUUCGGAAUAUUGGCAAAAUUAUUGCAACUGAACAACGGAAAAAGUGGCACGCACACUUAUUGUGAACAAAACCACUGCACACACACGUCUCUUGUACUCGUAUAUGUACUACACAAACAUCUUUUCGCGAGUAUGCCAAACUUAUUGCGGAAUGUCCGUCCCAAGAAAACAUUAACACAUAUUGAUUGAAAUGUUACUUUCGUUAACGAGGCCCUACUUUGGCCUAAAAAUCAUUUAUGUUUAAAUUCAUGUAUUUGAUAAACUACGGUUAGUAUUUUUGAGACACACACUUUACGUUAUCUGCAAUAUUGUUUUCGGUUAUGAAUUUCCUUUAGCGAUAACGAAACAUGUGGUCAAAGCGAACUAACGAGGGCGUUGAACAGCCAGAGUAGUACAAGACAAAAACAUAGAUAUUAAUGUAAAUGUAAUAAGAAGAUGAAAAAAACAACAUGUACAAAGUUAAUUAAAUGCUGUAAGCGACGAUGAAAUGAAGGACACACAUUAGACAAACUAAUCGAUAUUUUAGCUAUGCCAAUGACUAAUUGAUAGAAGUGUGAUCAAAUUGAUCGCAUCCUAUACGAGUACUAUAAGCGAGAAUCGAAUGAAAAUAUUCAUAAAAUAUAUAAAUAUAUACAUAAAUAUAAAUAAAAAUCUUAGCGAAUUGAUUAUAACAUUGAUAUUCUAAUAAAUUAAUUGAUAUAAAUUGAAACUACAAUUUAAGCAAAAAAAUAAUAAAAAUAGGUAAUCGAACAAUCUCACAUAUUGCGAGCGGUUGGAUGAAAACAAAAAAAAAAGAAUACAUUCGUAAAAAAAUAAUUGUAACAUUUUAAAACCAUACGAUUUUUCAUACGUGCUUAUAUAGUAUUCAAUGAGUAUCGAAUAUGAUGCGUAUUAAAACCGCAAUACUUGCAUCAUUUUAAAAAUGGAUCAAAAACAUUCAUCGGAUAAACAAAAAUUCAAUUUUGAAAUACACGAUAUUUCAUGAAAUAUGGUUACCAGAGAUUAAUAGCGGCUGUAAUUAUUUUCCUGCAUACCUACCGCUUUCAAAGCCGGAAAUAACAAUGAAGAACCUAUUAGCAUUCCGAAGUUUUUGAACCGAAAAGUUGCGCAAAUUGAACAAUUCGGCCGCAUGCGCAUACGCGGCUACUGUCGAAAACUUUGCAUGCACACUGAAAACUAUCUGCAAGCUGAAACUUCUCGCCUAACAACCAUUCACACAAUUAGGAGGAAUCGCUGCUUUUUGAAUUGCCGUGCGGGAAACGCCAACAAACUGCAAAACCAAAUUGUAAGGCAAAACGUACAUAUCGCUUCGACUAUAAUUACAAUUUAAACUUUUUAAAAGAUGAACAUGAGAUGGUAAACCCUAAUAUGAACUGAGAUAUUAUUGAUUAUAUAUUUAUAUUCAGUGUCGGGCGUACGUCAGAAAAAUCUUCACAAUUCACACAUCAACCAAACAAACUUUUGUUGGAUUUGCGUGAGAUUUUUUUGAUGCACGCAAGUCGGGCAUAUGUAUAUUAUGUAAAUGUAUAAAUGUUUUUCGUUGUUACUUAUUUAUCUUUUGAGUUGUAUUAUCUCCUAUACAUUUCAUUCCGGGUGCAUUCGAGAUUGCGUUUUAAGUGAAAUUGAAUUUUAAAAUGUUUAACAAGAUAAAAAUAAAAAUGGCCGGACGUAAAUUUAUAACUCACCCAUUUAAAAGUAAGGUGUAGACAAUAAAGACAAAACGUAUUACAAAUACAGAGCAAACACUUAUUGCGUUUGAUUAAGUUAAUGCAGAAAAAGAAAAGAAGUGAUUUCUUAUUGAUUGAAUACUAAUUACGACUGCAAACCAUUAACGAUUGAGUUUCACGCUUGACUAAAUUACUUUUAAGAUUUUACCUAGGUGUAUAGGCAUAUUUUUGUUACAAGAAAACAUAUAAUAUUUCAUCCAGUGGAAAGAAUGCAAAUGAGGCAAAAUAUUGCAAAGGAUUUUAAUUGUAUAUUCUACCAUUGCGUUACAAAUAUUGUGAAUCAAAAGGCGGAGCGAUUAAGGAUACUUUAAUGUUAUUAAUGUUAGUCCCAAUAUCUGUCAAAACACAAAUGUUUGUUUUCUUUAGAAAAUCAAUUGCUAUGUUUACCAAUACGAUAGCAACCCUUAAAUUCAGGUAUUAAUUUAACAACACAACUUGCGAAUCUAAUUUAAUAUUUAAUGUUUUACAUAGUUUUAAGUUGUUAGAUCUUUUAGUUUGUAAGUACGUUCUGUUUUAUUUCGAAUUGGAUUAUCUAUUUUCAACCAAUUAUAUUGUAAUUCUCAAACUUGUACACUAUUUCUUAUUAACAUGUACUUAUACUGUAAUGUGACAGUUUUGAACAAUCCUUUUAAGGAAUUGAGAAUCAAUUUAUAAAACGAAUGGUCAUCAUUUUCAGCAAACCAAAGAUUAUUUGUACUUGUUUAUUUCUAUGAUGAUAAAUCGUUUUAUUCCUAUUUAAUGAACAUAUACUUUCGAGAAGGAAACGAAUUGGAAACUAAUAUUUGUGUAACUACUGUGAUGUUAAAAAUACUAUGUCUAUGACUAGAAAGUACACCAAUACUUUAAAAUGUACCCUAGAACAAUGUAAAAACAAUGUAAUUUUCUUUUAAAUGACAACAACAAAAAAACAUAAUUAAACGAUUGCAAACAUCGAAUGUUUAUUUUAUAUUUAUUCCAACUGAUGCUAAAUUAGUUAAAUUAAUGUAUGGUCAACAAGUCAUGGUAAUUUAACAUCACAAUCGUUUGUUCAUAUAUAUCUCCACUUUUACGAAAAUACAUUUUGAGAAUUUGGCUGAAAUUCUGUUGUUACCGUUGUUACAUAAGUUAUUACACUUUAGAGUAGAUGUGUAUCAAAUGACUUGUGAUCCUGUGUCCUGUGCCGCGCCUAGAAUGUACAUGUUCCAUUUAAUAUCUAUGCGUUUAAUGUUGCGUUGGUUCAUCGUGAACGUUUUUAUAUUAAAGCAAAUUUUCGAUCUUGUGAAAUGAGAAACAAAUGGAAAUGUCGAUCGAAGGUCUCGCGUAGUACUCAUAUUCGUGUUUUCUUUUCCUACACCAACAUGUAUUUACUAGUUACGAUAAAUUGCGAUUUUAAUUGAACAUACAACGUAUGAAUCCAAACCAGAAAUAAUGAAAACUAAAUAUAAUGAAAUAAAUAAAUAUAUAUUACCAUUAUAA